UUUUUUUUUUUUGGUGAAAUGGUUUCGAUCAUUGUAUCUUAUUCAUCCCUACUACUGUUAUCGACCGCAGUUGCCUACGUCAUACCUAACAAUGACUUUAUCCGAUUGCCUCUCACCCGACACACACAUUUAACCAAACGAGCAGGCUCGGAAGGUUACAAAUUGUACAAUGCCGAUCGAACCGAAUAUCUCACCAAGAUCUACAUCGGUACACCCCCACAAGAAUUUCAAGUCUCUGUUGACACCGGAAGUGCAGAUACCUGGGUGCCUUGGUCUUCUUGUGCUUCAAAUGAAUGCCCUUAUGCCCGAUUUGAUUCGUCUAAGAGUAGUACAUUUCAAAGCAUGAAUUUAUCUUUUGCAUUAACCUACGGUCAGGGCAGUAUCCAUGGGGAAUAUGCCAAGGAUAAAAUCAGUUUAUCACCUACAUCCAAAUUAAGCAUCUCACAGACAUUCGGCUUAACCAAGUCAGCCAAAGAUAUUAUCACUCAAGGUGUGAAAAUGACCUCCAAUGGCAUUUUGGGUUUGGGAUUUCCCGCAUUGACCGCCAACAGUGAUACGGUAGAAGCCUAUAAUCCAUUUGUGUUUCAACUAGCACAAGAAAACAUGAUUUCAAAUCCGGUUUUUUGUAUUUCAUUGAAUAUCGGAGAUGGGUGGAGCAGUGAAUUGACGAUUGGUGGUGUGGAUGAGACACGGUACAAAGGAGAGAUUUCCUAUGUACCUGUAGAAAAGAAUACAAACCCAAAGACACAGGAAUUAGAUUAUACUUUCUGGUCUGUACAAUUGGAAUCUAUCGGUGUGGAGAAUGGCACAAAAGAACAAGUCAAGUCCAACGUGAUUUUGGAUACAGGCACGACACUCUCGUACCUGACAAAGACAUUGGUCGAUCGUAUUGUGUCCGAUGUAACACAAGAAAAGUUGACAUUUGAUCUUCAAAAUGAACUUUAUUUGGUGAAAUGUGAAUUGAAAACGAGCCACAAAAAGAUCUUGUUGGAUUUUAAAGGCGCACAACUAUCAAUUGAUCUGGCAGAUUUAAUCUUACCCUUUGACGAUCAACAUUGUGCCUUUGGUAUCACUUACAACUUUGAUAAGAAGAACAGUUUGGUGCUAGGUGAUAGCCUUUUACGAUCCGCUUUCUUUGUAUUUGAUUUGGGUCAAAAGAGAGUAGGGAUGGCAACUGCCGUCAAUUCAGAAAGUAAAGUGAUAGCCUUAUAGUCAUUUAUUGGCUGGCCUGUGCUUUCUUGAAACUCCGAAAUAGCUCGCACAUCACACGACAAAAACUAUUGAAAUACCGACAACUUUUUUUCUUUUUCUUUCCUUUCAAUUUUAUUUCCCCUCCCUUCCUCCUCUUUCUUUUUUUUUUUAAUUUUUUUUUUUUUUUUUUUU